AUGAAUGGUUAUUGCUAAUUUAGAAGCUUGCUCAGUUACUCUCAUAUCUUGCAGUUUGUAAUUUCUCUUCGUGUAGUUAUUACCACAGGUUCAAUUAUGUACCCAGCUUGUAUGAUUCUCAAUUGAGUGAACUUAAUGCAUUUCGACUUAAUCCUUACAUUCUCCGGGUUUGAUUCAACUGUUGUAUUUGGUGACACUAAUGCUUUUCGCUAGUGUUGUCUGGUUUAAGUUGGUGUCAUAUGCACAUACAAAUUACGAUAUGAGGGCGCUUUCCAAGUCCAGCGACAAGGUGGCCCCUUACAGUACUUUCUAUUCGCAGAUGGAAGAGCACAUGAGCCAAGUUGGUGUCGACACAACUAACAACAAAUGGAACGAAACGCUUGUUUUGGGUUUGGUGGAUCCAAACGAUUCAUUAUCUCAUCCGGCAGGGUCUUUGAUGUUCAAGUUAAUUCUGCUACAUGCUUUGAUUCUGAUCAUUUUGCCAACUUCUUGGUGAAAAUCUGGGCAAAGCUUCUGAAUGCCUUUUGUACUGAAAGCUGGAACUUGAAUUAAUCUACAAAGUCUAAAUCCAAUGUUAUGAGGACACCUAGCUGAUGAAGUUAUUCCCUGAAAUUGUUUGAAACAUCUGUGACCAGGACGUGCUUGCAGAAGAUAAGAUUCUUCAAUGAUUCCCCUAAGGAUUAAACCUCAAGGGAAGUUGAGCAGUUGGGAUAUCACUUGCUAGAAAAUUCAUAAGCUUUGAUUUAAUUGUUUGUAUCUGGUGACGAUUUUGGAUUUUGUACUU